GUGAGGGAGGAGAGGAAACGUGCGGGGGAGAAGACAAACGGAAUGCAACCGUAGACGAGGCUCCCUCCAUCUCUAUCCCCACCAGGGUUUGUAAUUUUCUCAGCAGCACUGUGUCUAAAUUAUUCCGUUUAUUCUGGAAUAGCAACAGUUUGUGGAUUAUUCGUCGGGACGGGUGAAUACCGUAAAUAAGCAACAACAUGAGUGUCGAGGCGUACGGGCCGAGCUCUCAGACUCUAACGUUCCUCGACACCGAGGAAGGCGAGCUGCUGGGAGCGGACACCCAGGGCUCGGAGUACGACUUCACCGAUUUCACCCUGCCGAGCCAGACCCAGACCCAAGGCCAAACCCAGAGUCAGCUAGACAACCAGGUUAAUGGCCCUGAUGGCAUGCUACAGAAUGGAGACGACCCUGUGGCAAAAGCCAGUCACUUGCUGGCAGAGUUGAACUUUGAGGAGGAUGAGGAGGACACGUACUACACCAAGGAUCUUCCUUUACAUGCCUGCAGUUACUGUGGUAUUCAUGAUCCAGCCUGUGUGGUCUACUGCAACACCAGCAAGAAGUGGUUUUGUAAUGGCCGGGGAAACACAUCCGGCAGCCACAUUGUAAACCACCUGGUGAGAGCAAAGUCCAAGGAGGUUACCCUGCAUAAAGAUGGCCCUCUGGGGGAAACGGUCCUGGAGUGUUACAACUGUGGCUGUCGCAAUGUCUUCCUUCUGGGCUUCAUCCCGGCCAAAGCCGACUCAGUAGUGGUGUUACUGUGCAGGCAGCCAUGUGCCAGCCAGAGCAGCCUGAAGGACAUCAACUGGGACAGCUCGCAGUGGCAGCCUCUCAUUCAGGACCGCUGCUUUCUGUCCUGGCUGGUGAAAAUCCCUUCAGAGCAGGAGCAGCUCAGGGCUCGUCAGAUCACCGCCCAACAGAUCAACAAGCUGGAGGAACUCUGGAAGGAAAAUCCCACUGCGACCUUGGAGGACUUGGAGAAGCCUGGUGUGGAUGAGGAGCCCCAACAUGUGCUGCUCCGCUAUGAGGAUGCCUACCAGUACCAGAACAUCUUUGGUCCUCUUGUGAAGCUGGAGGCUGACUACGAUAAGAAACUCAAAGAGUCUCAGACUCAAGACAACAUUACUGUCAGAUGGGACUUGGGCCUGAAUAAAAAGAGGAUUGCUUAUUUCACUAUUCCCAAGACAGAUUCAGACAUGCGACUGAUGCAGGGAGAUGAAAUUUGCCUGAGGUACAAAGGAGACCUGGCCUCUCCGUGGAAAGGCAUUGGACAUGUCAUCAAAGUCCCUGAUAACUACGGUGAUGAGAUUGCCAUAGAGCUAAGGAGCAGCGCCGGGGCUCCGGUGGAGAUCCCUCACAACUUUCAGGUCGACUUUGUGUGGAAGUCCACUUCCUUUGACAGGAUGCAGAGUGCCCUAAAGAUAUUUGCUGUGGACGAGACUUCAGUGUCUGGUUACAUCUACCACAAGCUGCUGGGACACGAGGUCGAGGACGUGGUUAUCAAGUGCCAGCUGCCCAAACGCUUCACCGCUCAAGGCCUGCCUGACCUUAACCACUCACAGGUGUACGCUGUGAAGACGGUGCUGCAGCGUCCUCUCAGUCUGAUCCAGGGGCCUCCUGGAACGGGGAAGACAGUAACCUCUGCGACCAUCGUCUACCACCUGGCCAGACAGGGCAACGGGCCAGUGCUGGUGUGUGCUCCCAGUAACAUCGCCGUCGACCAGCUGACAGAAAAGAUCCACCAGACAGGCCUCAAGGUGGUGAGGCUGUGUGCCAAGAGUAGGGAGGCCAUCGACUCGCCUGUGUCCUUCCUGGCUCUGCACAACCAGACCCGUAACAUGGACAGUAUGCCAGAACUUCAGAAGCUCCAACAGCUGAAGGACGAGACUGGAGAACUUUCCUCCUCAGACGAGAAGCGCUACAGAGCUCUGAGACGCACCGCUGAGAGGGAGCUGCUUAUGAAUGCCGAUGUGAUAUGCUGUACCUGUGUUGGGGCGGGGGAUCCUCGACUGGCCAAAAUGCAGUUCCGCUCCAUCCUGAUUGACGAGAGCACCCAGGCCACCGAACCAGAGUGCAUGGUACCUGUCGUCCUGGGAGCCAAACAGCUGAUUCUGGUGGGUGAUCACUGCCAGCUGGGCCCUGUGGUGAUGUGUAAGAAGGCAGCUAAAGCAGGUCUGUCCCAGUCUCUGUUUGAGCGUCUGGUAGUUUUGGGGAUCCGGCCAAUCCGUCUGCAGGUCCAGUACCGCAUGCACCCGGCCCUCAGCGCCUUUCCCUCCAACAUCUUCUAUGAGGGCUCUCUGCAGAACGGAGUCACUGCCGCGGACCGUGUGAAGAAAGGCUUUGACUUCCAGUGGCCGCAGCCCGACAAGCCUAUGUUCUUUUAUGUCACCCAAGGCCAAGAGGAAAUAGCCAGCUCUGGAACAUCUUAUCUCAACAGGACUGAAGCAGCCAAUGUGGAGAAAAUAACCACAAGGUUGCUGAAGGCUGGAGCGAAACCCAAUCAGAUUGGCAUCAUUACGCCCUACGAGGGACAGAGGUCCUACCUGGUGCAGUACAUGCAGUUCAGCGGCUCCCUUCAUACCAAGCUCUACCAGGAGGUGGAGAUAGCCAGUGUAGAUGCCUUUCAAGGCAGAGAGAAGGACUUCAUCAUCCUGUCCUGUGUGAGGGCCAAUGAGCACCAGGGCAUCGGCUUCCUCAACGAUCCCAGACGUCUCAAUGUGGCACUCACUAGGGCGAGGUAUGGUGUGAUUAUAGUGGGAAACCCCAAGGCCCUGUCCAAGCAGCCUCUGUGGAACCACCUGUUGAACUACUACAAGGAGCAGAAGGUCCUGGUUGAAGGGCCCCUUAACAACCUGAGGGAGAGCCUCAUGCAAUUCAGCAAGCCCCGCAAGCUCGUCAACACCAUCAACCCUGGGGGUCGAUUCAUGAGCACAGCCAUGUAUGAUGCCAGGGAGGCCCUCAUUCCUGGAUCUGUGUAUGACCGCAGCAACGGACGUUCGUCCGAUAUGUAUUUCCAGACUCAUGACCAGAUUGGUAUGAUCGGCACCGGCCCCAGUCCCAUGACUUCCCUGAACAUCCCCAUCCCCUUUAACCUCGUGAUGCCCCCCAUACCUCCACCCGGGUACAUGGGACAGGUCAAUGGACCAUCAGCAGGUCGUGGUGGAGGGAUGAAAGGCAAGGGAGGCAGUGGAGGAGGCGGCGGGACUCGAGGUGGCCGUCAAAGACACCGCGGCAACAUGGGGAACCACAGCGGAGGGAAUGGAGGAGCCGACCGGCAUGGAGGCCACAUGAGUGGCAGCCAGGCCAGCCAGGACCUGGGCUCCCAGUCGUUCUCCCAGGGGCCGCUGACGCAGGGCUACAUCAACAUGAGCCAGCCGUCUCAGAUGAGCCAGCCCGGGCUCUCCCAGCCUGAACUUUCACAGGACAGUUACCUAGGAGACGAGUUCAAGUCCCAGAUUGAUGUGGCGUUGUCCCAGGACUCCACCUACCAGGGGGAACGGGCCUACCAACACGGUGUGACUGGACUGUCCCAGUACUAGACUGUUGUUGGAAAGGAGCUAGGCCUGUGUGAAGCUUAGUUCAACGGUAUUUUAAUCUGGGUAAUAACAAAAAAGAACAAACAUGGAUACCCGUUUUCCACUGCUACAACAGAAGCACCACUGUGUGAAAGUAACAGGAGAGAGACCGUGAGAAACCAACCAAUCACAAGUGUGAGAGCAAAAAUGGGAGUAGAGCUGGACAGGAAGCGAGCAAGAGACGAGCGAGUGGCAGGCUGGUGGAGGAGAGAAGGCACUGCUGCUCACACGGACAAGGACAUGGCGGAGGUGAAAGCUGUCGUUGUCCGAGCAGCGCAGUCGGAGAGGCGAGACCUUCGACGGGUCAAAGAAGGUGGAAGGAGGAACGAUCCUGGAGGAAGGAAAUGGGGUUGACUGUGUCAUCUUGUCCCUCGCAUGUCCCUGAAUCCUCUGGGAUCUCCAGGCGGUAUGGUUGGGAAUCUUGCUCUAAAAGCUGAGAAAGAUGGAGAGAAAGUGUCUCACACAAAUGUCCUCCAAGCUAACUCAACAGGACGUCUUCUGUGACUUGGAGAGAGGGAAAACAAAAAGGGGACACAACUCUUGAAGCAGUUGAUAUGGCAACUUUUUUAAACUCAAAGUUUGAAUUGAGGCUCUGCAUUUGAUCACAUCUAAGCAUCCAGGAGAGAAGGCUAUUCAAGUGAACUCAAAAGUGCUUGUGUUAUUGUGCCUCAAAGAGUUCAAAUGAGAUUUGAGGAUUACUUAACCGCGGAUCAUUCGCUUUCUUUCUCAGCUUUGAGUUGGAAAGUUUUCUAAAGUAACGGCUGUAUUCAGUGAUGUAAGCUAGUGUAGUUUGCCAACUUUCAAGCAGGUCUGUCUCAAGGUAGUCUGCAAAGAACAAGUGGUGGUGAUGAGCUCUUACAAAUAUAAACGUAAAAGAAAAACAUCUUUGUCUCGGGAUCUGAGGAGGAAGGCUCCUAACAUCUGAAUAUAGGCAGACAAUUUUGUCUUUGUUCAUCUAAAUGUAUAUUUUUAGUAAAAGAGUGAGCGUGAACACCAUAACCAGCUUAAAACUGAAUGAAGCUGUCAUCUUUUUGCUGACCCUGAAGCCACUAAAGCUCGCAGACAGGGAUGAUCUUCAGCAUAUAUAGCUAGAUGUAUCAAAUGAGCCAAAUCAUGAGGGCAGUAAUUCCCAAAGAACCUUCUCCAAAAGUAAGAAAAACAUGCAUACAAUGAGAUUAUUUAUGAACAAUUUAAGCACCUUAUUAUCGUAGUAAAGUGAAAUAAGAAAUCACUUUUAUUAUAGAAAUCAUGAACUUGAGUUUUCAUGCCCAUGGAGCCCCUGACUUGAGUACUCAAGUCAUAUAAGGGCCGAGCUGAGAACAAAUGUGUUGAAGAGAAACGUGAUAAUAGACUCACCGUGUUAGACUGGUGAAAGAUUUAGCAAUUUGGAAAUUCCAAUGAUUAUAACUAGAGAGGUUAUAUGUUGUAACACUGUGAAAUUUGGCAUAAAGACCUCUUUAAAUUGUGAAGACACGAUGACCCAAGUGUAACGUUGUGGUUUUCCCCUAGUUUUAUUUAUUUAGUGGUCCUUUGUCGCCCUAAAAUGUUGGUCUUGUAGAAAAGUUAAACUGUCACACAGUUUGUUCUAUAACAUUUGUAAACAUGAGUGAACUUUGUGUCUUAGUUUCAGCACUCUGCAUGUGUUGUUACUUCUCAUUUCACGUGCUUUAGAUAGACCUUGUUUCCAUGAAGCUUGUUUUCUUCAGUAUCUAAUAUACUUAAGAGGUCUACUAACAGUUGUUUUCAUGACAUUAGUCAUAAAUGCUUAUUGGAGCCAUCAGUUGCACAGAACACUUGCUCACUCACUCACUAAGGAGCUAUUUUACAUGUUCAUAUUCCCACCAUAAUGGAUUACAAACUAACCCAGGUCAGGCCCAACUUCAGCGGCGCAGGUUGUAUAUUUUACUGUAGUGGACAACUGAUUGUUUAUUCCCCUUUUCUGUAUAAAUCAUCUGUAGGUUAGUAUCUGUUUACUCUCUUAAUUUAUGUUACUUUCUAUCUGGAUCAAAUCACCAAUACUAGCUAGUUGCACACUAUAAAGAUAAUGUCAUGCUUUUCUUUUAAAGGAGAAGUAUUUACCAAUAAAUAAAAUCA